AUGCGUAUGAUCGAUGAGCGCGUUGAGCAGAGGAGGAGGAGGACUAAAAGGUCGGAGAAUCCGGUCCUUUUGGACGUUAUGCUGGACAUGGCUGAGAGCGAAAGCUCCAAGAUACAAGACUCUCGCCUUUACAUCAAAUCAACCAUCUUGAAUAUGCUAGUUGGUGGAGCAGAGAUGUCUUCCGUAACUAUAGAAUGGGCGAUGAUUGAGCUGCUGAGAAAGCCUCAAGUAAUGGCAAGGGCGCAACAAGAGAUUGAAUUGCAGGAAACAUUUCGAUUACAUCCAGUAGGGGCCUUUAUGGUGUCGCACGAGUCCACUGAAGGUUGCAAUGUGGGAGGAUAUUACAUUCCACCCAAAACAAGGUUGCUUGUGAACGUCUGGGCAAUGGGAACGGAUGAAAGUAUUUGGGAAGAUCCUUUAGAAUUCAAGCCUGAAAGAUUUAUUGGAUCAAGCAUAGAUCUGAAAGGUCAACACUUUGAAUUGUUGGCUUUCGGAGCAGGAAGGAGGGGAUGCCCCGGAAUGUCCAUGGGGACUUCCGUUGUUCACUUGGCUGUGGCUCAGCUCAUACAUUGCUUUGAUUGGAGUGUGGAGGGUGAGGUGAGUAGGGAAGAAGAGUUUGGUUUGAACUUACCUAUAAAGUUUCCUCUUUCUGCUCUUGCCUCCUGGAGGCUCACCACUGCAGGACCACCAUAA